AUGCAAGACGAGCUCGCCACGAAGCUGCCCCCUGAUACCAAGGCUACGGAAGUCAAGGAGUUUCUCGAGGGCCUCAACGCAGAAAGCACAAGCAAGAUUGGCGGAACCGACGAGAUCACCAACGAGUGGCACUUGGACGCCGCCAUGACCCUCAGCCUGGAGCACAACGAUCCGCAGACUGUAGAGAAGCUCGACACGUUGCUCAUAGAACGCUCGAUGGCGGUCGCGACGGCCGAGGGAAGUUCAAGAGCUCAGCACGAAGAUCGCGUGGAGAAAGAGAAGACGGCUAAAAAGGAGGUGGAGCACGCACUGGAGGUGAGGAAACAUAAACCCGCUGCUAAGGACGAGGUGCGAAAGAGGGAACAGGAGCGCAUGCAUGAGAUCCGGAAUGGCCGUCCAUGA